GUCAGACGUCAGUGUCAUAUGUCAAAGCACCGCUUAUUUUCCGUGUCGUGAUUUUCCAACCGAUUUUCCAGGAUGAAUAAUUUGAAAACAAUGUGUAAAAUUACCAAAUGAAAUAUCUAAAUUAACCUUUAAUUCAACUUUAUCAUGGAGGAAUACUUCUCAACUACUUUAAACAAACUGAAGUCUAACAACUAUUCAAACUUAACCAUAGUCUUAGGCAAUGAGAGUUGUGACUUAGACUCAGCCGUCACCUCUAUAGUCUAUGCCAUUUUUCUGCACUGGCAGCACAAUAGGAUCAAAUGUAAAGUGUGCACAGCCUCCAAAAGGAGUGAAGAGUGCAGUGAUGAUAUAUUUAUCUCUGUCCUGGACGUCAAUAGAGAGGACUUUGGUUUGAAGACUGAAGUUGUUUUCUGUUUGGAAGAGCAUGGUAUAACUGAUAAGGACCUAGUGUUUAGUGAUGACAUAAAUAUGGAAAAAUUGGUAGCAGAAGGGAAAACUAAAAUAGUGUUAGUAGACCACCAUGUUCUAGCUAAGAAAUAUGACUACUUAGCACCUUAUGUCACUGAGAUAAUUGACCAUCGGCCGCUGGACAGAAGCCAAUGGACAUACAGUGAGGACACUCGGAAUACAAUAGAGGUGGUUGGAUCUUGUUGCACUCUGAUUGCUCAGAGAAUCAGAGAUUUGAGUGCCCUCAUAGCCAAGGAGGUAGACUUCUUUUCUGACCACCCAGCCUGCACACAGCUUUUGUACAGCGUAAUACUUCUGGAUACUGUCAACUUUUCUAAAGACGUCAACAAGGCGACGAAACACGAUGAAGAAAUUGUGGCAUUCCUUGAACAUCUGCUCAAGGUUGAUCAGUGUGAAACGGAAAGGAAAUUGAGGGUAGAUCGUCUAUUAGCGGCUCGAAGCGAUGUAUCUUCUCUGAGUGCCGCUCAACUGUUAAGGAAGGACUUAAAGAUAUUCGGCCAUAUUCUCGUACCCAGCUUCCCUAUACUAGUUAAGGAUUUUCUCCAAAAACCCAACGCUCUAGAGGCCGUGAGCGAAGCCCUGUCGUCCCGUGGGUGUGCCCUGGCGCUCCUGCUCGGCAUGGAACUGAAGGUGACGCUGCAAAGAGACGCCACUGUUAUCAGCUCCGUGGAGCACGAGCUAGCUGAAGAUCUGGCAAAGUUUCUUCAAAAAUGGUCCAGUCCUUCGCUGCAGUUAAUAUCAGUUCCCGAGGUCCACUGUUUCUACUUCAAGCAAAUGAAUCUAUCGGCUUCCAGGAAACAAUACGUACCCACGUUAAAUGAGUUUUUGAACAUAUGUAAAUAAUAAUUAAUUAAUUUAUUUAAUAGCAAUAAAUAUUUAUUUUAUUUU